CGACAGAGAGCGCGCGAGCGGGGGAACAAAUAAAGAUAUUUUAAUCCGCUUUUCACUACUUUUUAGCCAGUGUAUAUCCCUUCCCCCCAUGAAAUUCUCGCGGUGACCGCUGCUUUCUUCUAGAGAAUUGGAAGUUGGUAUAUUCUCUAGAAGACUUGAGCCAACAUGACUUCUCAAUAUGCUGGGGAACUCUGUACACUCCUCGUGGAAGACAAUUUUGGGGAACUUUUCGCGCGCAUCUUCUCAACACUAGUUCGCUACGACCGACUCUCCUUUACUAGGUUGAAGUUCUACUCCCGUCUGUCCAACGCCCAGCUUCGUCAUGGCCUCGCUGCUAUGAUUCAGCAGCAUCUUAUCUAUCACUAUACUUCCUACGAUGAUGGCAUUACGUAUUAUGAACCCAACAUGCAGUCUGCAUACUAUCUUGUCCGAACCGGGAAGAUUCUUGAGUUUAUAGGUCACCGGUUGGGGAAGUAUGCGGCCACUGUCAUGUCGACCAUCAUGUUUCUCGGACAUGCGCAAGUAAGCUAUCUCGAAACGCUUCCAGCCUUAAGACCUGCGAAUCCCGAGGUAAACGGAGCUAGCGAGGCGAGUGAGGAAAAUCAGGAAGCUGUAGAGUAUCAGGAGAAGGAAGCGCACCAAGAAGCUGAAGGGCGUGAGGAAACAGAAGAUCAACAAAAUGGGCUCAAUAGCAACCAUGCUACCUCCGAACACACGGCACUUCUUCAUCCGACUUUAAAAGCUUUAGCAGGACAUGGAUAUAUAUCACGUGUUCGGGAUGCUCAGUUUCAAAGCUAUGCAGAUAAUGCUUUGGAUGCUGAGCGCACAAUCAAGUCAAGGCCCGACAUUAAAGUUCUCAAAGGGAAGAAACUAGAGGACGCGGUGACUGAAGGGACCCUCGAAUUGCUCAAGGAACGUUUGGAUGGGGAUCUGACUCGCGGAUUGAUGUUCAAUGGAGUACCCCGUGGAGCUAAACGAAGACAUGCAACUGGAGCCACUGAUGCGCCUAACAAAAAGGCACGAGCGGAUUACGCCGCUGUUGAUGAGGAUGAUGAGGGAGAAGCAGAGAACGAAUGGUCAGACGAUGAGUUCGACGAAGAUACAGUACCCAUGGAUUCCAGCAUCACUGUACGCAUAAACUAUGAGAAGUUGGAUGUCGCUCUCCGGAAUCGUCGUUUCCUGGAGCUUGCAGAGCAGGGCUCGUCUCCUGUAACUGCCGAAGUUUACGAUUGCCUUCUGCGCCGUAUCGAAUACCAAACAUCAAGGUGCCGGGAUACUACCGAGAUACCCCGUGAAGGAGAGGAAGGCGAACAAUAUUCUGUACCGAUCCCCUUAAGUGCAGUGGUGGAGGAUGUCGACCUGCUGUUAGACCUGGCAGGAUCAGUUGGUCCCAUGGAGAUCUCUCAACCCAUAAACAGACGCGGCAAGCGGCCAUUGGAAGAAAAUGUGAACGGUGUAGGCCAUGAUGGGCCCAACGGGGUGCAAUCGGAUGGAAAUCGUACUUACGAAGUCGACCAGCAUCUCUGCCUUCUAGCUCAACCGCCUUUUAACCUCACAUCCAAACGCAUGGUUUCGGGUCUUAUAACCUGGACUGUAGAGUUCCGCCAUCUGGCGCGCAAACUUCGCCAUCUUGAAUUGGAACGUAUCAUUGAAGCGAGAUAUGGCGAUGUCGCAUUACGAGUUGUCCGUGUUCUCCAUGAUAAGGGGAAACUAGAUGAGAAGCGCCUACAAGAAAUCAGCCUUCUCCCAUUCAAAGACCUACGCCAGGUCCUCGCCAGCAUGCAGACAGGCGGGUUCGUCGACUUACAGGAAGUUCCACGAGACGCACAGCGUCAGCCUUCACGGACCAUUUUCCUCUGGUUCUAUGACCCGGACCGUGUCGGUAAUAGUGUCCUGGAGGACACGUACAAGGCAAUGUCUCGAUGUUUGCAACGCUUGCGGUUCGAGCGGGAUCGGUUGAAGGGGUUCCUCGAGAAAACGGAGCGAAGUGAUGUCAAGGGCAAUGAAGAACGCUAUUUGUCUGAAGCAGAAUUGGCGUUGCUUGAACAAUGGAGAGCCAAGGAGGCGCUCUUGCUGGGAGAAGUAGCCCGGUUGGAUGAAAUGGUGGCCGUGAUGAGAGACUACUGAGGCAAGGAUGCCAUCAUAAGCGAUGAAAUGUAAAAGGCUAUAUAUACAUUGCAUUUGCAUGUGUGCCUAGACGGCUAAAUAGUGAUGACUGUACCAGCUGACC